GUCGAGGCCGCAGGAGGUAGUCUGCAGAGCGGGCUUGGCCGCCACUUUGUCGCGUCGCUGCCGCCGCUGGGGCGAUGGAGGGCCCGGGGCUGGGCUCGCAGGAAUCACAGCCACGGCCCCCACCAUCCUCCAGGAUUUGGUCGACUUGGAGCCUGUGCACAUGAAAACAAAGAACUUGCCAAAGCAAGAGAAGCUUUUCCUCUUAUAGAGGACUCUAGUAACUGUGACAUUGUAAAAGCUACUCAAUACGGAAUUUUUGAACGAUGUAAAGAGUUGGUGGAAGCGGGAUAUGAUGUCAGGCAACCAGACAAGGAAAAUGUGUCACUUCUUCACUGGGCUGCUAUUAACAACAGACUGGAUCUUGUCAAGUUUUAUAUUUCAAAAGGUGCUGUGGUAGAUCAGUUGGGAGGAGAUUUAAAUUCAACUCCUCUUCAUUGGGCCAUCAGACAAGGGCAUUUACCUAUGGUCAUAUUAUUACUACAGUAUGGUGCAGACCCCACUCUCAUCGAUGGAGAGGGUUUCAGCAGCAUCCACCUUGCAGUAUUAUUUCAACACAUGCCCAUUAUAGCAUAUCUCAUCUCAAAAGGGCAGAGUGUGAAUAUGACAGACUUAAAUGGGCAGACGCCUCUCAUGUUAUCAGCUCACAAAGUACGUGGGCCAGAACCAACUGGAUUUCUUUUAAAAUUUAAUGCCUCUCUGAAUGUGGUUGAUAAAGUACAGCAAAACACUCCACUCCACUGGGCAGUUGCAGCAGGAAAUGUUACUGCAGUUGAUAAACUUUUGGAAGCUGGUUCUAGCCUGGAUGUCCGAAAUGUUAAGGGCGAAACACCGCUUGAUAUGGCUCUGCAAAGCAAAAAUUGGCUCAUUAUUCACAUGUUAAAAUCAGAAGCCAAAAUAAGAGCCAACAAAAAAUUGAGACUUUGGAGGUGGCUGCAGAAAUGCGAGCUCUUCCUGCUGCUGGUGCUUUCUGUGAUUACCAUGUGGGCUGUUGGAUUUAUAUUGGACUUCAAUUCAGAUUCUUGGCUUUUCAAAGGAUGUCUUCUAGUAGCAUUGUUUUUUCUGACAUCUUCAUUUCCCAGGUUCUUGUUCGGGUAUAAAAACUUUGUAUACUUACCAGCAGCCUUUCUGCUAAGUUCCAUUUUUUGGAUAUUUAUGAUGUGGUUCAUGGUAUUUUUGCCUAAUUUAACAGGCACCCCCAUCUAUUUCACUUUUAUUCUCAGCAUAAUGGGUUUCCUCUACUUUUUCUACAAGACUUGGGCAACUGAUCCAGGCUUCACUAAGUCUUCUGAAGAAGAAAGGAAAACGAAUAUCAUCACCCUUGCAGAGACUGGCUGCCUGGACUUCAAAACAUUUUGUACAUCAUGUCUUAUAAGAAAGCCGUUAAGGUCACUCCAUUGCCAUGUGUGCAACUCCUGUGUGGCUCGAUAUGAUCAACACUGCCUGUGGACUGGACGGUGCAUAGGUUUUGGCAACCAUCACUAUUACAUAUUCUUCUUAUUCUUCCUGUCCAUUGUGUGUGCCUGGAUUAUGUAUGAAUCAUAUACCUAUUGGUCACAUCACUGUGUCACGACAUUCAGAGAAGAUGGACCGUGGACCUACCUCAAUCAGAUUGUGGCCUGUUCCCCCUGGAUCUUAUAUAUCUUCACGGUAGCAGCUUUCCAUUUCUCAUGGUCAACAUUUGUAUUAGUUAAUCAGCUCUUUCAGAUUGCUUUUCUAGGUCUGACCUCCCAUGAGAGAAUGAGCCUGCUGAAGCAGAGCAGGCGUAUGAAACAGACAUUGUCCCUCAGAAGAACACCGUACAAUCUUGGGUUCACCCAGAACCUGGCAGAUUUCUUUCACUGUGGCUGCUUUGGCCUGGUGAAGCCCUGUGCUGUAGACUGGACGACACAGUACACCAUGGUCUUCCACCCAGCUAAGGAGAAAGUCCUCCGCUCCGUAUGACGAGAAGCCACCAGAACUAUCACUCUGAUUUGUGUUUGCGCCUCCUCCCUGUGGUCUGCGAGUAAAGCGAAGAUUAGAGUUCUCAAGAAAAACGUCAUACUUUUUUUAGAUAUGGCAAGAUGUACUGUUCCUGAGCGAACUUGGCAGACAUCUAAUAAAAACUUUUAUAUUUUCACAAGAAAAUGCAAGUUACUGUUUUUUUGAGAUGAGUCACUAAUUAGGGAUAAAAUAUGUUAUUUUAGAUACUUCAU